AUGCAGGCCCAAUCAAAUAUUGUUUCAAAGGAGAUACACUCAAUUGAUAUCGAUCCAUCUUGCCCGUAUCAAUUGGCAUUCCAUCUUGAUGAUGGUUGGUCAGGUGUUUUGGACAUCAAUAAUAUGCAAGUGACACAUAUUCAUUGUCCUCCUCCUCCUUGGGAUGACUCAAAUGAUCUGACAAAUGUGACAUACUUGAGGAAACCAUCUUGGCUCCCGACACACUCGAUUUAUGUAGUUGGAUCAUCAUGCAGUAGAGGAAUUCAUCUUUUAGAUUUCUAUCCAGACCCCAGCUCCCCCUGCCACUUGGAUUGCAAGGAGAAUAUUCCCAGCAUUCCAGGAGUCAACAACCAGCAUAAACAAAAUAAAUUUGUUCCCUUGUCUGAAGGUGUAACUGCGUGUACUGUUCAUCCCCUCAAUGGCACCAUUGUUGCUGGAACCAAGCAAGCAUCACUGCUAUUGAUCUCCCAGAAGCACAUGUCAUUCCAAGGCAGAGGCAGUUCUCUGGGUUCUGACGAAGAUUGUAAGAAGCCAGAGCCCAAGAUUGUGAUCGGGGCUUUGCAUAGACAGAUGCAAUCAGUUGAGCACAUCAACUUUGGAACAAAGGUUUACAUUCUAAGACUGGGGGCAUUGAAAGUAGGGGAAGAGAUGUGCCAGUAUGUCGGGGAUACAAGGGGAUACAAGG